ACCUUUGCAGCGGACGUCAGGAAGAGAGAGAGAGCGAGAGCAGGCUCAGUCGAGCGCUAUUCUCUCCAAAGGACGCGAACGGUUUGCAGAGACGCAUCGCCAGAGCCCUCUCUCCUGCGAUGGAGGAUGUGAGAUCUUGCAUCUGGAGGACAAGUCUGCUGUUCGCAAAGGUUGACUCCACAUAAAUAAAGCCAAGCCCACCCCAGGGAGAGCAGAGCCAGACCCGCCUUCCUUUCCCAGGCUCUGGGAGGUCCUGCAGGCGGAGAUGCUCCGGCCGGCUCUUCUGCUCCUCCUCGCCGCCGCCCUGACGGGGUCCUCCAAGCUCUGCCCCCACCACUGCCUGUGCUACGACUCUUCCAACCUGGUGGACUGCCGGGCCCGCGGGCUCACCCACGUGCCCCGGACCAUGCCCCACGGCACAUGGCUCCUGGAUCUCGGGGGCAACAAUCUGUCGGAGCUGCAGAGCCACUCCUUCAGUGGUCUGUGGUCUCUGCGGAUCUUGGUGCUGUCGGAAAGCGGCAUACAGUCACUGGAGCCCCAGGCGUUCUCCUCUCUCGCCUUCCUGGAGAAGCUGGACCUGAGUCACAACGAGUUGCACCGGCUGCCCCCGGACUUCUCCCACAGCCUGGCGUCUCUGCGGGAGCUGCACCUGGACAGGAACGACCUGGAGACCCUGGAGUUCCUCAGCCUGGAAGGGCUGGAGAACCUGGAGAAGCUGGACCUGAGCCACAACCGCAUCCGGAUAGUGGAGCCGGGGGCCUUCCGGGGCCUGUCCCGACUGCGCCACCUCUUCCUGCAGGGCAACCAACUGAGGGUCCUGCGGGAGGGGACGCUGGCCAUGCUGCAGAGCCUGGAAGUGCUCCUGCUGGGACAGAACAACAUCUCCAAGAUCGACACGGAAGUCUUCACCUCGCUGCACAGCCUCUCCCUGCUGGGGCUGGAGGGGAACGGCCUGGAGCACCUCAAAUUCAAGACGUUCCUCAACCUGCACACCCCGGGAACGCACCUCCAGCUGGCCGGCAACCCCUGGGACUGCGACUGCGACCUGCACCGCGUCUUCAGCAAGAUCCUCAGCGUGCGGCACCUCCACAUCGACGACUACAAGAACAUCACCUGCCACCAGCCCUGGCAGCUGGCCGGCGCCUCGCUCGCCUGGGUGGACAGCCAGCUGUGCGUGGCCGAGACCGCCACGGUGCUGGUCAUCACGGUCACCGUGCUGGUCACCGUCAUCGCGGCCAUCGUCAUGGCCGAGAGGAACCGCAAGAAGAACCAGGGAAAGACCUGGAGCGAGGCUGAGGGCUCGGACCCCCAGGAGAAAUAAGCGGCCCGCUCCAGGGACGGGGGGUUACUAUCCCCCGCAGAGUAGCACCCCAUUCCCUGCAGGAUCUCUCUGAUCCAGCAACAUCUGCCAGCUGCUUACUGUCCACUCCUGCCAGGCAGCUGUUUUUAUACCACGGACACUUCUUACCCCCUCUGCUCCAGGCUUCUUUGGCUUAUAUAGAUCACCAAAAGUAAAUCCUGUGGGGUAAGGAGUGCAGCCCCCAGCAAAAUGCAAAACGGGACACCCCUCCCACGUCACGUGAUUCGGAAAAGCCUGAAAGCCCGUGAGGACAGCAGCCAUGAUGUGUGUAAUCCUGAGCUUCUAACGGCGGAUCUCAUUCUAUUGCCCCCUGCGUGCGUGGCAGAACUGGAGGACGAGAGCAACGCCGCCGGCUGUCAGCUGUGUUUGUGCCAGAGCUGGGUACCUCAGCGGCUCCUCUCGGCUGCGGUGCGGUGUGGCCCUCCUCUACGUGGCGUUUCGUCGGCCCAGCAGGCAACUGUAGCGAGUCGUUUCGGGCGAAAACGGACAAGAGGCACCUCUCGCCGAGAGCCGCAACUAUGGGCUGUAAUCCCAGCCUCGCAGGGCUGUCUGAACGGAUUCUUCACAGUGGUGAACAUCGGCCACCUUGCAAAACUGGGUGUUGUGUCUGUGCAUGCCUCUCCAGUUCAAUUAGGCUUUUUUUGAUGGCACGUGAUUGGGCCCCCUUACCCACCACACUCACAGACGUGUUGAUGUAUUACUGUUACACACUAGGAGAAGAAUGUGCUGCAACAGGGCUGACGUGUUUCCACAGAGGCAGUCGAGCUCAUAAACUCCGGUGGUGCCCAGCGUGAUCUUGAAUCACUUGUAAUGAACUGAAAUGGUGCAGAGUGAAAAUGCCAUCUUCAAUGCUGAGAGGACUCAAAAUAAAAUAAAAUAAAAUAAAACUGCCAUGUUAUCUGACCAACUUUUAAAUCAGAUUCCCGUUAUGGACUGGAAAGUGACAAUAUUAAUGCACUAGGUCUGCUAAGAGACUCCACAGUCUGGAUAGACGUGGUAGAGUCUGACAUCUCUGCAAUGUAGACAGUGUCACUUCUGUAAUAGGCUCCACACACAAACCCUGUUCCAUUCUGGGGGGGGUGGGGGUGGGGGGGGGACACAAUUUGGGGGAUUUCAAAGUGGACAGGUUGAUGAAAGGGGAAAAAAAGCAAGAAUUUCAUCAUUUAUGUUUAAUUUCUUAAAACUCAUAGAACUUCUGGACUGAGUGUCACUCGAAGCGAUCAUUGCAGCCCUGGGCCAACUGAUUUUGAACAGGUCAGAUUUUACAAUAAACCAUUUCAGUGUGCAAAAAG